AGCGACGGCAUGGGGGAUUUCCGAACCUUAAAAACGUCUACUGCACCCCACGGCGUUCUCCGCACUCUCUUCAUGCAUACAAGUCCCAGAACCUGUUACAUCAGAAUCGAACGCCGUUUGCAAUACACUUACACACAAUGCCAGACCUGCACUCCCUCCCCGCCGGUUCGCGCCCGGAACAUGCCAUCCGCAACAACGGGCCCCGCGACCUCGCGCUGGAGCGAUACAUGCUCCGCGAGCUCGCCGAGGGCUGGCCCUGCUACCGCGACGCCUGCGAGUGGGAGAACCUGCGCUCCAUCUUCCACCCGGACGCCCACAUCUACACGACCUGGACGGGGCUGACCCACCACCGGGCCUUCAUCGAGGCCUCGCAGGCCGGCAUGGACAACAGCGCCUUCAUCAUGCACCGCAUCCACGGCAGCACCACCGACAUCGACCCCGCGGCCACCCGCGCCGUCACCAAGAUGAAGGCGACCAUCACGCAGCGCUUCGCCGAGCUGCCCUGCCACGCCGGCGGCGUGUGUGAGGCCGAUGCCGAGAGCGACUGCCGCUUUAUCUUCUUCUGGCAAAAGGUGCAGGCCGACGACCCCGAUCACCCGGAGUUGGGCGGCCAGUGGCGCGCCGUCUUUGUCCGGCAUUGGUACGAGAAGGAUAAACUGAUCCCCGUGACGCCGGAUCGGGUGCCGGUGUUGGAUCACGAGCGGCUGCGCGCAUAUCCGCCGGGUUAUCGUCAUUUGGCGUACCUGCAGGAGCAGACGAUGGGGGUGAAGGUACUGCUCGAUCUGCCGGGCCAUCGCAGGGAAGGGGACAGUGCAAAUGGGCGGAAGCAUGAUUUGUUGUAUUGGCAGGCCAAGGAGUGGCUGGAUGGGAAGGAGAUGAGUUGGGAGUGA